UAUGGGGUAAUUUCCCUGAACUCGUCGAGGAAGAACAGAGAGAGAAAGAGAGAGAGAGAGAGAGAGAAAUCCGAAAUCCUAUUUCUCUUCUUUUCUCUUUGGAUCUCUUCUCUGCUCCCGACGGUCCCAACUCUUUUCCUUUCUCCUCAAAUUCAGCUAACUUUCAAGGUAAAUCGUCUUCCAUUUGUUCUGCGAUUUUCGCUUCUGUUCUUUUCCCUCCACCUGCUUCCCACUGUCUUCGAGAUUCCAAUCUCUGUCCUUGGUUUUUUCUCCUAUUUACCUUGCCCACAUCCAGACAUUCAAUUUUGCAUUUUAUGAGCAUAAUUAUGCUUAAGGAUCAAGAUUUGAGAGAUAUUUGAAUGAUUGACUCCCUUCCUUGGAAAUCAUCAUUUUUAUUUUGUUUUUAAGGUUUGGUACAGCUAUUGCUGAUUGGAAAAUGACCACGAUUUUCCCGUCUAAGUAGUGAAGAGUUGUUUGCAGUUGUUAUUGAUUUAUUUGUGUUUUAUUGUUCUGUCACGAUGUGGGGUUUUGCUUCUAAUGCCAUUGCAAGCAUUGGGUUAAAGAGUACAAAAGAAGCCGACAGAGCUUGUUCUGAGUGUUCGGACGAUGAGGUGUGCUCAAAUGGUAGUAGAGAGGAAGGGUUGGAAUGUCCGAUUUGUUGGGAAUCUUUCAACAUUGUUGAGAAUGUGCCUUACGUCUUAUGGUGUGGUCACACCCUUUGCCAAAAUUGUAUCUUGGGGCUUCAGCCUGCUGUUUUGAAACUCCCCACUCAGCAAAUCAAGAUCCCUUUGUUCAUUUCUUGCCCGUGGUGCCACUUGAUAUCGCUCCGGCUGGUUUAUGAGGGGAAUCUCAAGUUCCCUCGCAAGAAUUUCUUCCUUCUAUGGAUGAUUGAGAGCUUAAAUGGGGAUAGGUAUGGCCUUGUGAGGAGAACUUCAUCUGGAUACAAUCAACCGGUUGGCUCUCCGAGAUGUAAUCUAAUGCUUGGAAAUCAAGCGACCAGUGGUGUCGUUAGGAGAGGGUCGUAUACUCAUCGUCCUGAGCAACUCAGUUCUCAAGAUAAUGAUGGCAGAAAUAAUGUGGAGAGGCAUCAUUUCUCGCUUCAUAAAUCGUUGGAUUUCUUCAUUCACUUUACAUCCAAGUUCCCAUUGGUCAUCAUAUUCCUUCUAAUUGUCUUCUUUGUAAUACCGGCGAGUGCUGUUAUCUUAUUACUCUACUUGCUGGUGACAGUUGCUUUUGCCGUCCCAUCUUUCUUGGUACUGUACUUUGCAUUCCCUAUGUUGGAUAGGCUGGUAAGGGAAAUAACCUCAUGAGAUGCUGCAUUCUCGCUUCAAAGGUCUGAGGGAUUUAUGGCUUCUGAUGACUUCAAUCUCCAGAUGAAUUCAUCUAAUGGUGUAAUCUCUAAGCCGGCUUCAUCCUUCUUCCAAUGCUCUCCCCAAUGUUUUUAUUUGAAAUUUAGUAACUCUGUCGCUGGUAACAGGAUUUUUUUAUCAUCCCGAAGCUUUCAGAUUAAUGUAUUGUUUCAAUGAUGGAGUAUGACUACAAAAAGUCUUCAAGGCUGUUUUUGCAAUUGUGAUCGUGUCCUUGAAUUAGAUGCCAUUGAAGUGGCUGCUCACCUGUUGUACAAGCUUGAGUUCGCAAAAGAAUAUAAUGCAGUUAAUUGUGUUGUUUA